AGGUGAGAUCAACCGAUGUACAGUAACUUUUGUGGAGAAAAUUCAAAUUCUUGUUGAUUACAGUUUUUCUUGAAACUGCUGGACUGAAGGUUUUGUUUGCCAUACAUUCCUAUUGACAGGCAGAAUGUGAUAGUUCAUUUUAAAUGACUCUUUUAAUCUAAAUUGUCAAGACCUUGUAUAGAAUUAUCUGUAUUAGUUGUACAUGCCAUUGCCAUAAUCAUCUGGGGGGAAAAUCUAUGUAAAUUAACACACAUUUAAAAAAAUUAUUGUAGCUAUUUGAUCCAGAAUUUAAAGACUAACUACAUAUUAAAUGAUUUUCCCAUUGUGUGCGUCACUGAGAUACUCAAACUGAUUCUUUAAAUAAUUGAGAUUUUCUGACAGGACUCUGAUGUGUUACAAUUUGUUUUUCAAAAGAGCAGGCAGAAACAGCUCCAUUAAAUAAUUUUGGGUUCCUGUUUACCAGAUCAAUACCAGCAUGCACAGAAAAUCACUGUGCUCAGCAGGUUUUGUAAUUGCCACUGCAGACUGCUGAUUACUGAAUGAAGGCAAUGCAUAACAGCAUCCUCAUUACUGUCCUCAUGGUGUGCAAAACCAGGAAGAUUUGUCAAAUUGUUAUUGGUGUUUUUUUUCUUCAAUUAUUAAAUUGGUUGUUGACAUAUAUAAAACAUAGCUGAGGCCAAUUAAUUUUAGUUAGUGAGGAUUAAGUGUAAACAGUGGGUCAUCUAAAGGUCUGGCCUUCUGUUGGAAGAGCUAACCAUUUUCCUUCCUUGCUGCUGCCUUGAUCUACUUCGGACCAGACAUAGUGAUGAUUGUGUAUACGUAGUGGCUGCAAAAUUGUUUUUGUGGUUGGUGUAUCAGCAAGUGAGAGUGAAAUUGCUAAGGGUUGUUGUCAAAAGUUUCUAGAGUUGCACAUGUAGUCAUCCAUUUCCUUUGUAAUGAGCAACUAGAAGUCGGGGAGGGUUGCCAUUCUUGAGAUCCAUGACUUUCAAUAAUUUUUAUAAGGCUCAUUUGUUUUCAUUAAAAAUGGCUUUAAUUAUAUUUUGAUGAAAAGAACAAAGUAAAAUGAGAUUCUUCAAUUUGCUAUUCAUAACCCCAUUUACAUGUGUAGCAGCUGAAUAGAGUUGAUGAGUCUUGGAGACAUUUUCCUCGAGCUUUCAAUUAUCUUCCAAGAAAAUCAAUCCUGUCUCAAGUCCAGUUCAGUUUGAGUCCCUAGACUUUCUCCUUCUGGAAUAUUCCCCGAGCCUCAGCAGCGAUUUUUUGGCAGUUGAUCAGACUCUGGCUUUCACCCCAUCUCCACACUCUGGCUUUAAUGGAUUCUGAUUACAUCUGCAAACCAAAUCCCAGACAGUGAAGCGCCAUUCUUCCUUCCAAGACGGUGUCAAUCGACUGGCUGUUAAACAUGACCGGUUCAUGAGAAGACUGUCCGAUUCUUUGUACAACGCCAGGUGGGAUAACGGCAAGAUGAACAUCCCGCACCGGAUUUUAACGCCGGAUGACCCAGAUACCGGUAUUCCUGGUAAAUACACUGAGAGUGAUUCCAGUACAGAAGUGAUCACUACUCCACAUUCCUCUUAUGGAGAUGGUGUAAGCCAGGGAAGUGAAGAGUCACUAGAAAGGCGUUCCAGUCUUCCUCGCAUGAAAAGUUAUGACGCUGUCGUUUUCGAGAUUUUGCGAGUGUCUCCGGACGAUUUCGCUAGCCAGAUUACCUUGAUGGAUAUGCCGGUAUUUAGAUCCAUACAGCCAGACGAAUUAACUUCAUGUGCAUGGACAACAAAAGAAAAACUUAUUAAAGCCCCAAAUGUUGUAGGCUUUACAAGGCGCUUCAAUCAUGUCAAUUUUUGGGUGCAGCAAGAAAUUUUAAACUGUCAAACUUUGAAAACUAGAGCAGAUGUACUUGCACACUACAUCAAAAUUGCAAAGAAACUACUAGAUCUGAACAACCUACAUGCUGUCAUGGCAGUUAUUUCAGCUCUCCAAAGUGCAGCUAUAUUUCGCCUGUCCAAAACAUGGAUGAUGUUGUCACGUAAAGACAAAGCAACUUACGAGAAAAUGGCAGACCUGUUUUCAGAGAACGACAACAGACAAAGAUUAAGAGAUUACAUGGACAGUGUCAAGUUGCCUUGCAUACCUUAUUUAGGCCUCUAUCUGUCAGAUCUGAUCUACAUAGACGUAGCACACCCCCACUCUGGGGGCAUGGAAUCACACACACGCAGAAUGCAGAUGAACAACAUUUUGCGAACCAUCUCAGAGUACCAGCAAUCCAGUUAUGAUCAAGUUCCGGUACUGGAACAUGUACAAAACUACCUUAAAUCAGUUCGAUACAUUGAAGAGCUCCAAAAGUUUGUAGAGGAUGACAAUUACAAAUUGUCAUUAAAAGUAGAACCUCCACUUCAAGGCCAGCAUCUUUCCACAUCCAAAGAGGACAUUCAGAUCACUGUGGCUCCACCCUCACCAGGAGCUGAGCCACGAAACAACAUCACACACACACCCAACUACACAUCCACAUCAUCCAAGUUCAACCCGGGUCACAGAAAAACAAAAAGUUUAAGUGCAAAUUUCAUGAGCAAUGGACAGAAGUCGGUCGCAGAGAAAACUUUCAGUCUUCCAUCAAAAACUACAGCCCCUUAUAUCCAGGGAAUACGCCAUUUGUUAGAUGAUAGUGUCUUAGAGGAGUCCCCCUGUGCUUCCAGUGAUGGUUCUAUCUGCGGAAAGAUUCUCUCAGAUAAUGGUGAGACGCCUGUGGAUUCAGUGUUUCCUUCACUUGAUUCCGAGUCCCAAAAUAAAGUGAUGUACAGCAGAGAAUUGACAGCAGAUGAGUUGAGCAACUUCCAUCAAAGCUUUACAUGUGAAGGGUGCUUAAGAAGAAAAACAAUACUCAAAGAUGGGAAGAAGCCAACGGUUAGUUCAUGGACGAGGUAUUGGGUAUCAUUAUGGGGAACCUCUUUAUUGUAUUAUCCAAACAAGUCAUUACGAGGCAGUGACAGAGCAUCGUUUAAGUCAGAGCCUAGUAAAAUGACUUCAGUUGUUGGCUGGAUGGUUGUAAUGGGAGAUAAUCCACUACACCCUGAUGCAUUCCAAUUGUCAGACCCAUUGAAAGGGAAUGUUUACAAAUUCAGAACAGGGUCACAAGCAGAUGCACUGACAUGGUGUCGGCAUCUGAAUGAGGCUACGAAGAGAUACCAACCACAGAUUCCAGCCAAUUUAAUGUCGUUUGACUGAUCUUCCAAGCACAAAAAUGACUCUGACUGUGAUAUUUUGGAUCUCCCAGGAGCUUGACAAUUGCUCAGUAUCUUGCCUCAGAGGUUCUGCAAGCCGUUUGGCAAUAUUCCCUGCUUAUUUAACAGCUGAGAGCAUUGUGGUGAACCUUCACAGAGAUUUCCUCUUUGCCAAGGGAUAAUUUUAGCCAGACCAAACCAACAGAAUAUUCUACAAAAAUACUUCAGUGACAAACACUUACGCCCAGUUGUGAUGUUGGGAAUACUCUAUACUGCUACAUGUAAAAAAACCCAAAAAAACCCAGUAUUUUUAGAAUAUGUCUGUGUAGAUUGGACAUUCCAUGUGCAAAUAAUCUGAUGCUGUUUAGAGAAUACUUCAGAUUAGCAUAUUCAAUGCUUGAUUAAAAUGGAAACAGGUCGCCAUAGUUUCUACCAGUUCUCACAUUCCUCAUUCAUUUUCCAUUGAACACUUGUUUUUAUCUAGUCUUGCAACUAUGAUAUGUUUUUCUACAUUCCAGAUUAAUAUUUUAUAAAUUGUUAUCCCAAUAAUCCACCAUCAAAGCAAUGAUUUAACUGGAUUGGCUCAUUUAUGAUUUUUCUCUUUUUUAAAAAAGUUUUUGUCAAAAUGUUAUUGGAUGUCUGGUCAUUUUCAACAUCCAAAGUAUAGUGAAUAUCUGCUAUGGUGAAUAUCUGCUAUAGUGAAUAUCUGCUAUAGUGAUUAGCUGCUCUGAUAUAACUGCCACAGCACCUCAUCUUUCGUACCCAGGUACCUUACUCGGUUUGAGCAAUGCAAUUUUAGACUGCAAUACUAUGUCAUUAUGCUUUUUAAAAAUCCCCCGUUUGAUUAAAGGGGUCCCUAGUCAGUUGUGUUAAUUAUGUAGCAUGUUUGUUGAUAUGUUAACUUUGUAAGAGGUGUAAAUUUUAGUUUUCUUUUACAAGCAAAAACUAUUUUUAGACAAAUAUAGUAUUUGUACACCAUGAUGUUAUAUAUGUGCAUCUGGUGUUACUGACCAAAUUCAUUGUGCUUAUUUUUUCUUGGCUGCUAAUACAAUAUCAAGGUGCAAAUAUUCAUAAGACAUGAUUCAAGACAAAGCCAUAUGGGAUAUAAAUAUGUGGUAUGAAUUGUCGAUUUAAGUUAACAACAUGGAACAUCCUAGAAUUACAGAUGCUUUUAUUUUUAGAAGUUUAGUGUACUUACUAAAUUUCUGAUUCUGGGGUCAAUAUUUUAAGGAAAUUCAAAUGAACUUGAAUGCAGUUUGUUUCCUCGUAGAAAAACUUCGAAUUCCCAUAUAGUGCUGGGUUGUCAAUUGUGUGAACAGUUAAUUUUUUUGUGAAACAAAAUUGAACAGAAAAAAAUAUUAAAUUUUUGUUUUAAAAAAAAUAUAAAUUCUUGUUAAACUAAAACAAAAAAGUUUCAUGUUUUUCUGGGUCCUGUAAUUGCUAUGUGCAUUUUUCCUCAAGCAUAAUUAAUAUUUAAUCAUACUCUUAUCAAACAUGUUUUUCAUAAUACAUUACAAAAUGCUCAUAUAAAAAUACGAAAAUGCAUAAAAAUGACAAAAUAAAAACAGGCAAAUAUUGUUA